AUUUGGAUGGAAGGAUUUAAAAGGUUCGUUUGGUUCGCGACGCCCCGACUUCGACACCUUCCCCUUCGGACCUUCCGAUUUAUCCCAAGCUUUCCCUAAGAAAAUAAACCAAAGAUUCUAUCUCUCAUUCUCUCUCUAGAAUUUUAUUGAAUAUAAUUAUCCUGUAUUCCAAGUUUAUUCCUCUUCCCAGUUCGAUCGAGUUUAGAUCCUUUUCUUUUCCUUAAAACCGGACUUCCCGAUGUUCAAAGACAAAACCCUCCAAAUUUUAAAAGCCAUAUGAUCCCCAACGAAUUGACAGCAAAAUAAUCCGCCAAAAAGUACGUGAUCGAGGGACAGUUUUAAGAGAGAGCAGAAUGGUUACUUACAAUAAUAUUCCAAGUGAUUAUAGUGAAAAAAUGCAGAAAUAUCAAGAGUAUAUUGAAGCUUUAGAAGAAGAACGUAGAAAGAUUCGAGUAUUCGAACGUGAGCUUCCUCUUUGUCUUGAACUUGUCUCUCAAGCGAUUGAACGAUGCAGACAACAAAUGUCGGGGACGAUUAUGGAUUGCUUUAAUGGUCAAUCCGAUCAAUAUUCUGAGCAAACAUCAAGUGAGGGUCCAGUUCUUGAAGAAUUUAUUCCCAUUAAACCAGAUUCAUCUACAAAUGAUGACGAUGUUGAUGGGCAACAAAAGCAACACUUAUCUCAUAAUUCCAAGAUCAUUUGUAACAAUGAAACAUCGUCCCCAUUUUCUCGGAAAUCAGAUUGGUUAACAUCCGCUCAACUCUCGAUAAAAACCCCAGAUCCACCUAUCGAAGAGGAUUUCUUGUCGAACAAACUGGUAGCCAUGGAGACAAACAGAAAUGGAUAUGGCGCUUUUCAUCCUUUCAUGAAGAAAAGAAGUUUCAGCCCGACACCGAAUAUGGAAGGUGAAAGGUCAUUGACUUGUCCGGCGAUGGUUCUAAACGCUGCCAACAGCUGUUCGGCGGACACAGACGGUGGUGGUGGUGGUGGUGGUGGAAGUAAAGGUGAAGAUAAAGGACUUUAUAAUAAGAAAGAAAGGAGGUGUUGGUCGCCGGAAUUGCACAGACGCUUCCUCCAUGCUCUUCAACAACUUGGUGGUGCUCAUAUCGCUACACCGAAGCAAAUUAAGGAAUUAAUGAAGGUUGAUGGGUUGACGAAUGAUGAGAUUAAAAGCCACUUACAGAAAUAUCGUCUGCAUACUAGAAGGGUGAGUAGUCCAACAAUCCACCAUAACGACCCUCAUCCUUCCCAACUUGUGGUGGUUGGCCGGAUAUGGAUGCCGCCGUUGGAAUAUACCACCACAUCUCCGGCAACAGAUAACACCAAUAAAGCCAAAGGAGUAUUCACUCCAAUCGCUUCUCUAUCGCCAUCUAUUACUGCAUCUUUAUACAAAACAAAACCUUGCAAUCAACAACCGUAUUACGAUGGAAAAGGAAGCCAAAGCCAUAGCAAUUCUCCUUCCACCUCCUCCAUGUACACCACCACUGUGUCAACGGCUUUCUGAGGUCUAUAAAUCAUACUUACCACCACCUAUAUGUUUUAUAGAGUGAUGUGAAAAUUUUGUGAAAGACCCUUGUCUACAAGACUACCUGUGAUGUUUUUUCUCAUUGGCCAAUUUUUUUUAAACGUAUAAGAUAUUUAUGCGUUAUGUUCGUAGAUGUUAUGUAACCAAUUUUUUUUGUUCUUUUAGCGUAUGAUUUUACAAUUAGAUGGUGUCGGGUAUAUUUGAGACAAUGUAAUAAGAUUUUACAAAUUUGAAUAACAUUACAGUUAUACAAUCUGUCCCAAUGGUGGAAGAUAAAACUAUCUUCUCUAAUAUAAUAAAAGACUCCUUUUUGAUACACGUGUAA